AUGUGUGGCCAGGAAAGGCAGACGUCUUUCAUGGCUCAUAAGGAAGAGCCUUCCCGGUUAAAGGUUAUGUACAGCACCCUGAGGAGUUCUGCGUUUGAAAGAUCAAAGAAAAAGUCCCUCCUGGUACACUCUCCCACUCUAAAAGCUUUAGUUAACACUGGGCUUGGAGAGUUCACACAUCUGCAUGUCUCCAGCCCCAAACCCAUCAAAGAACAUCUCAUCUGGAUUUGCCACCUCCUGCACCUCACCGACACCACAACUUGUCCAAAACAAAACUCAUCCUCUUCUACCUCCUCACCCUCACCCAGAGCAGGUAAAUGUGCCAACACAAGGAAAGAAAUCAAGAUCUAUUUAGCUUUUCCCACUGGCCCUGUCAAUCGUUCCGAGGAAGACAGCUCCUGCCACACAGCUCAGGAAAUGGGCCCCAGAGGGCCAAGAAACAGUUCCAUUCCCUCUUCUCAAGAUCAAGGGAGAGAUGUGGGUUCUGGUUACAGCAUCUUUGAAAAGGCUACCACUUGGAAAUUUCGAGAACAGGCAGAAGUAUGGGGGAUCAAGAUCAAGAUCGGACAGAAAGUCGCCCGGCUAUCCCCAAGGCCACUGAAGGUCAGCACAGUCGUGGCGUUCCCUGCACCGGCAGUCUACCUGACCCAUCAGCAGAAGGUGUUGAGGUUAAAAAAGCGGGCGCUGCACCACCUCGAGUUGUGGUGCAUCCAAAGCGACAAAUACCAAUAAUUUGCUUAUCUGAUGAGAGCCUUGUUUGAGGAACAUAAGAAUGAAAAGGAUAUGAUGAAGGCCACCCAGCUGCUGAAGGAGGCUGAGGAAGAAUUCUGGUACUUUCAGCAUCCACAGCCAUACAUCUUCCCUGACUCUCCUAGGGAUGCCUCCUAUGUGACAUAUGAGUGCUACAAGAUACCAGAAUGGUGCUUAGAAGACUGGCAUCCUUCUGAGAAGGCAGAGUAUCCUGAUUACUUUGCCAAGAGAAAACGGUGGAAGAAACUGCGGAGGGAAAGCUGGAAACGAGAGGUUAAGCAGCUGCAGAAGCAAAUGCCACCUGCCCAAAAGGAAGGUGAUUUGCCCCCACUGUGGUGGCAUAUUGUGACCAGACCCCGGGAGCAGUCCAUGGAGAGAGAGAGACCUCAUCUUUCAUGCUUGUGCGAUCAAUAUGGAAUAGACUUCUUGUUGGAAAAAGAUGUUUAUGUUUCCAGAGAAAAAGAGGAGAGGAGAGCUACAACUACCAGAGCCAACCACAGUAAGGGGACAGAAUCAAGCAAGCACACAAGCAUGUGCAAGCACGUACAUACCCACAUUCAGGUUCCCGUGACAGCUGUUGGGGUGAGAGCCAAGUUUUCUGCAGCCCCUGCCCCUCCCCUGCAGGCGCCCCUCCUUCCGUCCUGGGAUCUCCCUCCUGAGCGCGUCCCACACCCGUAUUUGUUAAGCUGCGGAGGACACAGUAAUUGCCCAGCAGAAAACACGGGUGCAGAUAUUAGGGAGCGCCGGGGCAAAGGCACUAAAUGA